UGGUCUUCCUGCCUACAUGCAUUAUAAGCUUGCAUGACACAGCAGUGUCUCAACCUCGAGUUAGUGUGGAUUCGUCAGAAGUCUUAGUCUUCUAUGAACAUAACAGGGGAUUCCUCAGAAGAGCAUCCGGACUGGAGCUUUGGGUUGUUGUUCUGCAUUUCGUUGAUUAUAGUCUGGGCACUUCAAAUCUUGCAAGUGCUGAAUGCGCUGUAUCAGCCACAGUGAACCGCACUUAUCUCCGUCUGAUUCGAGUCUUGUUAUGACACUACCGCCACAAGUAGGACAAGGAUUUCCUUGCUUACAUUUUUCGUGCUAGCCUCAUCGUGUCUCUCCUGUGGCCAACGCUUCUCAAGUUUCUGACCCUCGCUGCUUGCAGAUCUGUUGACAGCUCUAUGUCGGAGUGGGUUUGUUAUGAACUGACGUAUUUCUCUGUGACUCAGAAUUAGCCUACCGAUCCCAUGGUUUAAACCGUUGUUAUUGCUUCAUUUCUAGCUCCGGUACUUGGAGGAAAUCUGCUCACUUUUUUCUUCUGGAUAGCGCACACUACUGUCUUUCCCUGGGAGCUUUACUCUGAAGAUGCCACCAAUGGCUUCCUCAACAACAGCAGACACUCGUAGAACGUGUGUGUGCCCUGCUGUCCCCCGAGCUCGAGUGCACAUUCCAUGGAAACUCGGUCUGCACCAUUGUCUGCUGGGCAUGCUAGUAUUUAUCUUGUAUUUACUACUGGCAGCAAAGGUGGCUAAGUUUCAAAUGGACGGCUCACAAGAAGAUUUCCUUCCGAGUGGGAAGGAACUUGCCUGCAAGGGGUUUGAUCUCCAGUACGAGAUGGAGGAACUGAAUUAUGAAAUGCCUCGACUCGCUCAUGAGGUUCAAGAUGAAGCGAAGGCAACUCUUCCAGACGGCGGAGAUGCAGGUCUUCCUGAGACCUUGAAGGUGGACGAACAGAGACCUCGAAAGAGGAUGCAGCCUGUGCAGGUGUCGAAGUGGCCUCGACGACUAAGUGCACUUGUGCAAAAUGAUGUUCGAUGUCAGAUGAUACUGGUCAGGAGAAAGUAUGGACCUAGAUGGGUGAAGGCGGAGGAGUAAAUUGUAGUGCCACUUACACGAAAGUCUCUCUAGGCUACUGGUCCUCCUUGCGCUAUAAUGCUGCUGGAUGUCAGAUGCCUCAGAAGCUCACAUUGGCCUAUUUAGCUUCGUCGAACAUACCUGAAUGCUUACAUAGUCAUUGCAUAGCCUCCAGAUGAUGACCUCGUGUCAAUAUGAUCUUAUUCGCUCUCUUCAUCAGUGGAAUUGUUCCUCUUCAAGGAGCCACAUGAUGAUCACAUAUAAGCGCUGUGGAUAAAGAUUCUAGGAUGAUUCUAGGAUUACAUCUUCUCAUCAGUGCCGGUGAAAUGUGCACUACUACGAGAAAUGAGCUAGAACCUAACUCCAUUUCUCAUGAGUAGGUGAGGCAUGUGAUAUACGGCACUCACAGGAAGAAUUGCAGUGCUUUUUGUAUAUGUCAGCGGAAUAAAGAAACGAAAUUAUGGUU